AUGUUGGGAGACGCAAGAGAAUUAAAACCAUUGACCGUAGCUGGUCAUCAUCCUUCCGAGAACUCUGCUCUUAUUUCAAGAGGCCCUCAAUCUCAAAGGUUCAAAGAUGGAAUUGAUUCUGGUUCAAAAAGGCCAUGGUGUAGCCACUGUAAUCGGGUUGGGCAUACCAAGGAGAAAUGCUUCAAACUCCAUGGCUAUCCUGAAGAAAAAAAACAGAAAGAAAACAAGGCAGCAAUGAUAUCUACUACUGAAGAAGAUGCUCAGAAUGUUAGGCUAACCAAAACUCAACUUGAGGCUCUUCAUAAACUACUCAGGACUCCUACAGCCAGUGGGUCACUAGCUAUUCAAGGAACAGGAAUCGGGAAAGAUGAUUGGCACUACUAAAGUUAAUCAUGGCUUAUAUGUUUGGAACAAAAACAGUUCACAAGAAGGGAUGGCCUUAUCUACAUCAAAAGACGAUCCUAUCAUGCUAUGGCAUCGUAGACUAGGACACCCGAAUUUCAUGUACUUGAAGAAACUGUUUCCUCUACUAUUUCUAAAUAAGAAAAUUAGUUCAUUGAACUGUGAAGUUUGCCAACUGUCUAAACACACUCGUGUCCCUUAUCCUUUGAAACCUUAUGUUCAAUCUCAACCUUUCUCUUUAAUCCACAGCGAUCUAUGGGGAGCCAGUCGAGUAAAAAACAUCACAGGGCUAGGUGGUUCAUAACUUUCAUUGAUGACCACACUAGAGUUUGUUGGGUCUAUCUCCUUAAAGAAAAAUCCGAAGUCUCUAGAGUCUUCAAAAAUUUUCAUUCAAUGAUUCGAACUCAGUUCAAUUCAAAUAUUCACACCCUUAGAACUGAUAAUGGGAGAGAGUACUUUAAUUCUAUCCUAAGUCCUUAUCUUUCUGAGCAAGGAAUCAUACAUCAAAGUUCUUGUCCUAACACCCCUCAACAAAACGGGGUUUCCGAGAGGAAAAACAGACACCUUGUAGCCGUGGCUCAUGCCCUUAUGUUUACUAUGGGUGUACCAAAGUAUUUAUGGGGAGAAGCUGUCCUCACUGCUUGUUAUCUUAUAAACCGACUCCCAUCAAAGGUAUUAAACUUUCAAACACCUUUACAUACUUUUCAAAAAAUUUUUUCCCUUGUUUCGUGUUCCUAAUCUCCCAACCAAAACAUUUGGUUGCAAAGCAUUUGUCUACAACCAUCAACCCAACCAAUCUAAACUUGAUCCUGGAGCUCACACUUGUGUCUUUAUUGGUUACUCACCUGCACAAAAAGGGUACAAGUGCUACUCUCCAACCUUACACCGGAUGUUUGUGUCCCUUGAUGUUACUUUCUUCGAAAACGAGCCAUAUUUUUCAGCCUCUCAUCUUCAGGGGGAGAUACUUAGUGAAGAUGAGACCUUGAGCAAUCUUCUCAUUAUACCUCAAGACUCUAUCAGCCCUACCACCACUACAAAACCUGCUGAAAAUCCUACAGCCACUGUUAUUCCUGUUUUGGAACCUGUCAGCCCUACCACAACUACAAAACCUGCUGAAAAUCCUACAGCCACUGUUAUUCCUGUUUUGGAACCUGUUUUUCCUAUCUCCACUGUUCAGCAACAAGAAACAAGGGUGAUUAAUCAUACUAAUGAAGAAAAACAGCCCACUCAUUCUGAAAAACAAGGAAAAACUCAGGGACUUCGUGUAUACUCUCGGAGACAUCAGCUGCCUGAGACCGAAACAGCAGUGCCUAUGCCAUCUUUACCCGAGGACUGUCCUGAGGAAGAAGUUUCACCUCCUUCAUCUUCCAUCCAUCUUCCAAUUGCAGUAAGAAAGGGCACUAGGAGCUGCACUCAACAUCCCAUUUCUCGGUUUGUAUCCUAUGGAAACUUGUCUAAAUCCUACAAUGCCUUUGUUUCUAAUGUUGACUCUGUAGAAACUCCAAAGAACAUAGACAAGACUCCUAUGGAACCCAACCUUAAAUUAGGAACUGGUAAGGAUGGAGAAGAAGUAGACAGGGGGAGAUAUCAACGGGAGAAACAUUUGGAAGCUGCCUACAGGAUAUUGAGAUACUUAAAAGGGACUCCUGGUAAGGGGUUGCAUUUCAAGAAAAAUGUUCGAAGAAAUUAUGGGCAAGCUGGGUUUGAUUCACAUCUACACUCCAGCUUGAGGGGGAGUGUUGGAAUUCCUUAAAUUAAGCAGAUUUUCUACAUUAGUGCUAGGAAUUUCCUUGUACUAUUAGCCAUAAUCAAAUUACUAAUUUUUAGGGAUAGGCUAAUUUCUAGAGAUUAUUUCCUUUUUUAUUUUUCCUGCUAUUCUUUAAAAGGCUGUAUUCAGAUUAGAAGUAAUAAGAGAGAAUCAUUCUUCUUCCUAAAA